AUGGCGCCGCACGGCUCGGGGUACCCCGGGCAGCGGGCACCCGAGGCCCAGGUCGCUGACCGCGACGCCGCUCGCGAGGGCGGCCGUCCUGUUCCCGUCCGGGAGAACAGCUCCGUUCUGCUCCGGGCCGCGCGGAACCAAAAGCGGGGGCCCUGUUUCCGGUCGGUGGCAGGAAGACGAGCACUGCGCGCAGCCGCAGUGCGCAUGCUUGCGGCGCGUGCGGGGGUCUCUUCCGGGGUCGCCUGGGAGCUGCUUCCGGGGCGCACGCGUGUGCCCGCGGCGGGUCCGUCGGGGCUGCGCUGGGCGGGCGCCCCCGAGCGGGAGCCCCCGGGCUGCACGGCGGGGCGGCCGCUGCGGGUCUCGGCCGGCGAGGGCGGCGCCGUGAUGGCGAAGGCGCAGGUCCCGGCUCGCGCGCGGAGGAGCAGGAAGAGAAGACGGCGCGGGGCCGCGCGGGCUGUGCCGGUGCGGCCCCCGACGGCCCCGGGAGACUUUUCCCAGAACUGGAAGGCGCUGCAGGAGAUGCUGAGACGGAAACCGCAGGCCCCGGAGGAGCCUCUCCCUGCCCCUCGAGUGCCGCCGUCCGGGAGGCAGCCUGAGGCUGACCCCGCCCCCGGUCCUGCAGGGCCCCCCACCGCGGCACAGCGCCCUGCCGGCGGCGUCAAGAGGACAGAUGGUGACCUUUGUCCAAGACGCAAGAAGCAGAAAGCUAAGGAAGCCGCCCCGGCCCCGCCCACGGAGGAGGACAUCUGGUUUGACGACGUCGACCCAGAGGACAUCGAGGCCGCCGUGGGCCCGGAGGCAGCCAGGAUAGCCAGAGCGCGGCUGGGGCGGAAGCGGAGCGGCGUCACCCUGGUGAAGGAGCAGGCCUUCGGCGGCCUGACGAGAGCCUUGGCCAUGGAUUGUGAGAUGGUGGGAGUGGGCCCCGAGGGGAAGGAGAGCAUCGUCGCCCGCGUGUCCAUCGUGAACCAGUACGGCAAGUGCGUCUACGACAAGUUCGUCAAGCCCACCGAGCCCGUGACCGACUACAGGACCGCGGUCAGCGGAGUCCGGCCCGAAAACCUGAAGCAGGGAGCGGAGCUGGAAGCCGUCCAGAAGGAGGUGGCCGGAAUCCUGCAGGGCAGGAUCCUCGUCGGGCACGCGCUGCACAACGACCUAAAGGUGCCGCCGUCCUGGAGGUGGCCCUGCGACCCUCGCCCCUCGCUGCGUCGCAGCAGCCACGUACUGUUUCUUGAUCACCCGAAAAAGAAGAUCCGAGACACCCAGAAGUACAGGCCGUUCAGGAGGGAAGUGAAGAGCGGCCGGCCGUCACUGAAGCUGCUGUCGGAGAGGAUCCUGGGGCUCAGGGUGCAGCAGGCGGAGCACUGUUCGAUCCAGGACGCCCAGGUGGCCAUGCGGCUCUACGUCAUGGUGAAGAAGGAGUGGGAGAGACCAGCGCCCCCUGGGGCCGCUCGGAAGAACUGCAGCCGGGACGCCUAGCACCGCUGCCGGGCCCGCGGGCCCAGAGCGCCCUCCCCCAGGCUCAGCCAGAACAGGCGUGGGGACGGGCACGGCCCCCGUGGCCCCUGUGCUGCCCUGGUCUGUGCUGGGCUCAGCCUUGCUCUGAGAGGCCCCGUUUCCUCUGUUGCCACAGGUGAUGGACUUGGGGGACCCAGGCUGGGGGGUCAGCAGUCAGCAGCUGCAGGGGGUGGGCUUGGCUGUGGCCACUGGAUUUGAGAGAGACCGAGGGAGUGACCCUUCCUGUCCCGUUAACCACAGCUGGCCGUGGCUGCCAGCACCCCGCACGGUGGGCGUGGGGCCCUGGAGGCCUGUGCAGGGUGACCAGUUAACUCCGGGAGGCCGGGGCAUCUCCUUGUCGGAGACCUGUGCUGGCUGUGGCCUCACAUGGGCGGGUCUGCAGCUUCCCCACUGGCCCAGGUGUGGGGGUCUCUGUGGGCAGUGGUCAGGAGUGGGUGGUUUUACGGACAUGUGAAUAAAGCCAUGGCCAUGGCGCCCCCCGAGGGUGUAGCACUGCACGUGUCCACUCGAAGUGGGGCUGCUGGAGGCGCCCCUCCCUCCCCUCAUGCAGAAGGUUCUGGAAGGGCCCCGUGUCUGGACGGCUGCCCCUGGCUGGCACCAGCAGCGGGCCUGGGGCCUUUAUUGGUCAGUGGCGAGUGAUCACAGGCUCCUUCCCCCACCCCGAGGAAAGACCACCUCGCCAGCGGCCCCAGCAGGGGGCGGGCAGGCCCCUCAGGGCUGGGGCAGGGGGCCUGUGAGGAGGCCGGAGGCCUGCGGGAGGUGGGGGCGCUCCUGCUUCUGGGGGCUGGGGAGCUCGGCCGCCUCCAGCCUGCUGAGCACCGUGUCUGCGUAGGAA